CCAAAACCGCUUAUGUGAAAUCCCUUUCAACCACAGCCUUUCUCACUCUUCUAGUUCUAGAUCUCCCUCCCUCCUGUCUUAUAUAUAUACCUCUCUACCUAUUUCCUUCUCUUCACUUCAAUUUCCAAUCUCAAAAACCCUUUUCUUUAUACUGCAACUCCAUAAGAAACAGAGCAAAGAUGGCAGCUGCAGCUGAUAAGGUAGUGGAGACGGUCAUUGUAGGGAAUUAUGUAGAGAUGGAAACUGAAGGGAAACCUAAAAACAUGAAAUCAAGAUUAUCUAACUUCUUAUGGCAUGGCGGUUCGGUUUAUGAUGCUUGGUUUAGUUGUGCUUCGAAUCAGGUGGCUCAAGUAUUGCUUACAUUGCCAUACUCAUUUUCUCAGCUAGGAAUGUUAUCUGGAAUAUUAUUUCAGCUAUUCUAUGGGCUACUGGGUAGCUGGACAGCUUAUCUUAUUAGCGUUCUUUAUGUAGAAUACAGAACCAGAAAAGAAAGAGAGAAAGUUGAUUUUAGAAACCAUGUCAUCCAGUGGUUUGAAGUUCUUGAUGGGCUACUUGGAAAAUAUUGGAGAAAUGUGGGUUUGGCAUUUAAUUGCACAUUUCUUUUGUUUGGAUCUGUCAUUCAACUCAUAGCUUGUGCAAGUAACAUAUAUUACAUAAAUGACAAUCUGGACAAGAGGACAUGGACAUAUAUAUUUGGAGCUUGUUGUGCCACCACAGUUUUUAUUCCUUCAUUUCAUAAUUACAGAAUCUGGUCAUUUCUUGGCCUUCUCAUGACCACUUACACAGCUUGGUAUCUUACCAUUGCUUCUCUCCUCCAUGGCCAGGUAGAAGGGGUGAAGCAUUCGGGUCCAACAAAGAUGGUGCUAUACUUCACUGGGGCCACAAACAUUCUCUACACAUUUGGGGGACAUGCCGUUACUGUAGAAAUCAUGCACGCAAUGUGGAAGCCUCAGAAGUUCAAGGCCAUUUACUUACUGGCUACCGUUUAUGUGCUGACCCUGACGCUUCCCUCAGCAGCAGCAGUAUAUUGGGCAUUUGGAGACAUGCUUCUUAAUCACUCCAAUGCCUUUUCUCUCCUCCCAAGAUCGCCCUUCAGAAACAUGGCUGUUAUUUUAAUGCUCAUCCACCAGUUUAUAACAUUUGGGUUUGCAUGCACUCCAUUAUACUUUGUGUGGGAGAAAGCAAUAGGGAUGCAUGAAUGCAAGAGCUUAUGCAAAAGGGCAGCCGCUAGAUUGCCUGUGGUAGUUCCUAUCUGGUUCUUAGCCAUCAUCUUCCCAUUCUUUGGACCCAUCAAUUCCACCGUUGGAUCACUCCUUGUUAGCUUCACUGUCUACAUCAUUCCUGCCUUGGCUUACAUCUUUACAUUCAGAUCAGCGGCCGCUAGAGAGAAUGCAGUGGAGCAGCCACCCAAGUACAUGGGAAGAUGGGUAGGGACAUACAUGAUAAAUGUAUUUGUAGUGAUCUGGGUUUUCAUUGUUGGGUUUGGAUUUGGUGGAUGGGCGAGCUUGACAAAUUUCAUACACCAAAUUGAUACAUUUGGUUUAUUUACUAAAUGUUACCAAUGUCCACCACCAACAUUGCAACCACUUCUAAAUGCCACCGCCGCUGCUCCUCCUCUCCACCACCCAAAUAACAACCACACUCACCACCUUUGAUUUUGUGCCCACACCAUAAGAUUGCUAACGUACGAAGUUUCUAGCCCUUCAUCUUGAUCUUGAUCAUGAUCAUCAUGCCACUUCGGUUGGACCAUAGACAGAGAAGGUUAAAAGAAUUCCUAGAUUUGUCUUUGGCUAGUGAUAAUAGUAUCAUGUACCCUCCAAUACAAAUAUAUAUUCUACCUUUCUUUUUAUUGUCUUUCUGUGUCUUGUAUUAAGCUUAGAAAGUUGUAUGAAUUUCAUUAAACCAAAAAGAAAAAAGAAUUAAUGUAUGGAAUAUUUUAAUUUUAA